CAUGUUAUUCUAACGCAACAAGUCGUAACGUCUGAACUUUCUUUACUGUUGGUGAUUGUAAUCUCUAAAUAAUCUUUCAACAAAGCAGCAAUCAUCAGUUGACAAUAGAGCAACAAGCAUUAAACUGUAAAAAUGAGUGCAUCGGAACAUACUUUCACCUGUCUCAGUUGCCUGUUGGCCUUUAAAGAUCCACUGGUUCAAAGGCAACACUUCAAAACAGAUUUCCAUCGCUACAACUUGAAAAGAAAAGAGUGCGAACUGCCACCUGUUAGUCAUGAAAAAUUUUUGAAGAUGAAACAAAAUGCAGAAGAACAAAUGAUGGAUGAGAAUCACCAGCAAAUGUCCUGUUCUUUCUGUAAAAAAUCUUUCAGUACAAAGAGCCAGUACGAGAAUCACAUAGCAUCCAAAAAGCACAAGGAGAAAGCUAUAAAGUUAAGUGAACAACAGUCUACAAACGGUGAUGAUGAAGAUGAAGAUGAGUUACAGGUGAAUGCUUCAAAAGUACCAAGUGCAAGCUCUGCUGUUAAAUCUAAUGAUUGCAAAAAAGAUGAAGCUGAGGAUGACAUGGAAGUGGAUUCUGAUGUGGAGACAGUAGAUUCUGAUGAAUGGAAUGAAAAUCCUGUGCAUAGUAAUAACUGCAUAUUCUGCAACCACCACAGUAGAACCAUGACUAAGAAUCUGAAGCACAUGACAGAGGCUCACUCUUUUUUCAUACCAUACGUUGAGUACUGUGUGGAUAUCAAAGGAUUGCUUACUUAUUUGGGAGAAAAGGUCUCUAGUGGCUACUUGUGCUUGUGGUGCGAAGGAAACAUGUUUGACACCCUCGAAGCUACUAGGAGUCAUAUGCUGGAUAAAAACCAUACAAAAAUGCUAUUUGAAGGAGAAGCGCUGGCGGAAUACACCGACUAUUAUGAUUUCACCACGAACCAUCCAGAUGUGCAAAACCCUCUCGAAAUCAUGGAAAUUCCGGAUAUCGACGGCAAUGAGCACCAGCUCGUCCUUCCCUCAGGCUCGGUCAUAGGUCACCGAUCUCUGAUGCGUUACUUCAAACAAAGCACUGAUCCAAGCAGGGCAGUAGUCAUACGCAAGAAAAGUCAGGAUAAACUCAGGAAUAUCCUCAACAUGUACAGAGCGCUCGGCUGGAAAGGAACGCAGAUAGAGGCUGCCAAACAAAAAGCCAUGGAUAUUAAAUACAUGCAGAGAGUUCAUCAGAAGUACUUCACCAAGCUGGGAGUCAAAGCCAACAAGCUCCAGACUCACUUCCGUGCACAAAUAAUGCAAUGAAAAUUGAAAUCCUAUGUAUUUAUGUUGUUUAAGAACUAUUACAUUCUCUGUAUAUUUUGAAAACCGUAAAUAUUCAAACAAAA